GUAGUGGUACUGCUAGUAGUGGUGGUAGUAGUAGUAGUGGUACUGCUGGUAGUGGUGGUAGUAGUAGUGGUACUGCUAAUACUUUCACUGCUGGUAGUAGUACUGCUUGUGAUAGUAGUAGUAGUAGUAGUGCUACUUGUAGUACUUUCACUGCUGGUAGUAGUACUACUUGUGCUACUGCUGCUGCUCGUUGUAGUACUAGUGGUGGUGGUAGUAGUAGUAGUAGUGGUGGUACUUGUAGUGCUAGUGGUAGUACUACUUGUGGUACUGGUGGUGGUAAUAGUAGUAGUAGUAGUAGUGCUACUAGUGGUACUGCUAGUGGUAGUGCUACUUGUGGUACUGGUUGUACUGGUGGUGGUGGUAGUGGUACUCGUAGUACUGCUACUACUUGUGGUACUAGUGCUGGUAGUAGUAGUAGUACUAGUGGUGGUACUGCUGCUGCUCGUCGUAGUAGUAGUGGAGGUGGUGGUUGGUAUUGCUAA